AUGUCUUGCUGUUGUGCUCCCCACUGCUGCUGUAGCGUCCCCACCGGCCCUGCCACCACCAUCUGCUCCUCUGACAAGUGCUGCAGGUGUGGAGUUUGCCUGCCCAGCACCUGCCCUCACACCACCUGGUUACUGGAGCCCACCUGCUGUGACAACUGCCCACCCCCCUGCCACAUUCCUCAGCCCUGUGUGCCCACCUGCUUCCUGCUCAACUCCAGCCAGCCCACUCCAGGCCUGGAGAGCCUCAACCUCACUACCUACACCCAGCCAGGCUGUCAAGACCCCUGCCUCCCUCCAAGCUGCUGCUGA